AUGCAACUCACUACCAUCGUCCCCGUCUUGCUCUCCUCCCUGAGCCUGACCGCCGCCGCGCCCCAGGAAGUCCCCGCCACUUGGAAGGCCACCGAUCUCGACAUCGGCUGCUCACCCGGCGGCUGCAGCUGGCGCUUCAAUAUCACCGGCGCUGCGUCCGAGAACACGCCUCGCUUCCACACCCAUUGCGAGGGCAUCGCUCCCAACGCCACCCUAUGCACCGACAAGAACAUCACCGCGCGCGUCAAGCCUUUGACCUACCCCAAGUUCAACAUCUGGGUCCAGCACCAAUGGCACAUCAUCGAGGAUGAGACAGACCAGCAUUACUGGCAAUCCGGUGACGCCAACGUCACCGACGCCCAAACCCGCUUCCAGAUCAAGCCCGACCAGUUCUACGGAGUGGCGUAA